CCCGCCUGCCUCUGCCUCCCAAGUGCUGGGAUUAAAGGCGUGCACCACCACCGCCCGGCUUAUCCAAACAUUUCUUAUGUCAUAUAGUGUCAGUCAGAGCCCACAGAUUCAUUUCUUACAUACACAUUAAUAACGUUUAUGUGCUUUCUAAGUUAUGAAACUCGUAGCCUUGUAAAACAUAAGAAUUCACACAUAUAGCCUGGUGGUGGUAACACAUGCACUCAGAAGGUGGAUUUCUGAGUUCAAGACCAGCCUGGUCUACAGAGGAAGUUUCAGGGCAGCCAGGAAUACACAGAGAAACCCUGUCUUGGAAAACAAAACAAAAAGAAUUCACACAUACAGCUGUCCAUAAGAAGCACAAGGUUAGAAUCCCAGCUCUCUGAGGCAGGAGGAUCCCUGAGUUUGAGGCCCACCUGUGGUACAUAGCACAACCCUGUUUGGUUUUGUGAUGUCCCUCUACAUCACACACACACACACACGUAUGAACGUACUGACAUCUGUCUAAACCCACAUGGAUUCACACUGUAUAUUUUCAUGCACUUCUCACAGAUACAGUUCAUUUUUAUGAUCCUGUCUACGUACUCACACCCACAAGUAAAUGUGCAGACACACUCUGCUCACGGAAUCCUCUGUCCACUCCUUGGCCCCUGCACUACGUGAUGACUUCAGCAGAUGCCUAAGUCUUGGUCAUCAGCAGCCUUGGGACUGGGAGGGAGUUCCGGGUGCAGGCUUGUUGUCCUUUCCGGGAAGGAGCAAGACUAAGGGAGGUGGAGCCAUCUUACUUGAGAUCCUACCAGAAGUGGUAAUGGGCUCCUGCUCAAAUUCCAUAGGGGUUAUUCUGAAGAUCAACUGAAGCAGGAAGGUUUAUAAAGGUUGGCAGUGGGACAGGGCCUGAGUAGGCUCCCUUAGUCCCGAGUGAUGGCAGAAGCUAAGAGUUGACAUGGAAACAAGCACAGCGUACAUCAACCUCUGGGAGGUUGCCCUGGAGGCCCCUGGCCAGGCCUGAGCCUUUGCCACCAUGGCCAUUGUGCAUACUCUGCCAGUGCCACUGGAGCCCGCACGUGAGACAACCACUGCCCCACAAACUCCAGCAAUGGGCAGCGUGAGCAGUCUUAUCUCAGGCCGGCCCUGUCCUGGGGGACCUGCUCCUCAACGCCACCAUGGUGUUCCUGGGCCCACCUUCUUCCGCCAGCAGGAUGGGCUCCUACGGGGCGGCUACGAGGCACAGGAGCCACUCUGCCCAGCUGUGCCACCCAGGAAGGCUGUCCCAGGCAACAGCUUUACCUAUGUCAAUGAGGACUUCCGGACAGAGUCACCUCCCAGCCCAAGCAGCGACGGUGAAGAUCCCCGAGAACAUCAAGCCCACAAUGCCCACCUCCGUGGGCCCCCACCAAAGCUCAUCCCUGUCUCUGGAAAGCUGGAGAAGAAUAUGGAGAAGAUCCUGAUCCGGCCAACAGCCUUCAAGCCUGUGCUACCCAAACCUCGGGGGGCACCAGCCCUACCUGGCUUCCUUGGUCCUCGAGCUGCUGGGCUAUCUGGGAGCCAGGGCAGCCUGACACAGCUGUUUGGGGGGCCAGCCUCUUCCUCCUCCUCUUCCUCUUCCUCCUCUGCUGCUGACAAACCCUUGGCACUGAGUGGUUGGGCCAGUGGCUGUCCUUCAGGAACACUGUCAGACUCUGGCCGAAAUUCCUUAUCCAGCUUGCCCACCUAUAGCACUGGAGGUGCCGAGCCAACCACCAACUCCCCAGGUGGGCACCUGCCCUCCCACGGCCCUGGCCGAGGGGCACUUCCUGGUCCAGCCCGAGGGGUCCCUACUGGGCCGUCCCAUUCAGACAGUGGCCGGUCCUCUUCCAGCAAAAGCACGGGUUCCUUGGGGGGUCGUGUAGCUGGGGGUCUCUUGGGCAGUGGUGCCCGGGCCUCUCCUGGCAGCAGUUCGGGUGGAGACCGUUCUCCACCCCCUCCACCGCCUCCACCCCCUUCGGAUGAGGCCUUGCUACACUGUGUCCUGGAAGGGAAGCUCCGAGACCGAGAGGCAGAGCUGCAACAGCUGCGGGACAGUAUGGAUGAGAGUGAGGCCACCGUGUGUCAGGCAUUCGGGGCACGGCAGCGGCGCUGGCCCCGAGAACGCGAGGACUGUGCAGCCCAGGCACAGCAGGCCACGCAGCGUGUCCAGCGGGCCCAACAGCUGCUGCAGCUGCAGGUGUUCCAGCUGCAGCAAGAGAAGCGCCAGUUGCAGGAUGACUUUGCCCAGCUGCUGCAGGAGCGAGAGCAGCUGGAGCGCCGCUGUGCUACCUUUGAACGCGAGCAGCGGGAACUCGGGCCGCGGCUGGAGGAGACCAAGUGGGAGGUUUGUCAGAAAUCAGGUGAGAUCUCCCUACUGAAGCAGCAAUUGAAGGAAUCUCAGGCAGAGCUGGUUCAGAAAGGCAGUGAGCUGGUGGCGCUGCGGGUGGCCCUCCGAGAGGCCCGGGCUGCCUUGCGGGUCAGUGAGGGCCGUGCCAGGGGCCUGCAGGAGGCAGCCCGAGCACGGGAGCUGGAGCUGGAGGCCUGCUCACAGGAGCUACAGCGGUACCGCCAGGAGGCUGAGCGGCUCCGGGAGAAGGCCAGGCAUUUGGAUGCUGAAGCAUCGGGACUCCGCGAGCCCCCAGGACCCCCUGCCACCACCGACCCGUUCCUCCUGGCAGAGAGUGAUGAGGCCAAGGUGCAGCGUGCAGCGGCUGGGGCAGGGGGUAGCCUGCGGGCUCAGGUGGAACGGCUGCGCCAAGAACUGCAGCGGGAGCAGCGGCGAGGAGAUGAGCAACGGGACAGCUUUGAGGGGGAGCGGCUGGCCUGGCAGGCAGAGAAGGAACAGGUAAUCCGCUAUCAGAAGCAGCUGCAGCACAACUAUAUCCAGAUGUACCGGCGUAACCGGCAGCUGGAGCAGGAACUGCAGCAACUGAGCCUGGAGCUGGAGGCCCGGGAGCUUGCUGAUUUGGGCCUGGCAGAAUCAGCCCCUUGCAUCUGUCUGGAGGAGAUCACUGCCACUGAAAUCUAGGGCUUUGCCAGGGAUGCGAGCCACAGGACCAUCUGCCCCAGGAUCCACCGAGCGCUCCAGGUCUUAGAGCCAAAGGGCCUCUGCCGAGCUUUCGGGUGGCCCUGUAACUUGGAGAAGCAGAAUCAACCCUCCGUGUCACCGUCACCCAGAGGCUCCUGCCCACUCUGCCAUUUCACUUCCCCACUGUCGCCACUGCCAACCCACUCCAGCUGGGAAAGGAAAGGGGCUCCCCUGUCUCCACAUUCUACCUGCCUGAAGCCAGAGAGAGCCAGAUGGCACCAGCUGCUCCAGAUGUGCCUGCCCUCAACAUGCCCAUGUGGAGGGGCAGGGCUAGGAAUGGGGGCUGAUCCCCAUGUCCCAGCUCUGCAAGCCUCUUCUGGGCUGAGAGGGCUGAAGUCAGACCAAAGGAAGAACUCAGCAAUGUCUUGUUUAUUUGUGUUUGUGACCAAGCCGCCCUCCCUAGUUCCAGGGUUACGGCCUCCUUUCCACUUGUAUAUUUUUCACACUGUAAAUUUCUUGUACAAACCCAAAGAAAAAAAAUUUAAAAAAAAAGUUUUGUUUAAAAAAAAAAAAAAAAAGAAGUGUGCUGGAUAAAGAAACUCCAGGGGAA